UCUUUUACUGCGUUGAACCCCUGCUUCUUUGUAUCCCGCCAGUGCUUGGUCCGAACCCAUUGGACCAACGGACCAACCACAAAUACAGUCCACUCGCUGGCUACAUUUUUGGUCCUUUGUCGAGCCGGAUUGGGUUAUAAUACGAAGAUGCCAACUACAAGAUCGGGUUCGACGCAGUCUAAGACUGCAGGAAAUAGUUCGUCGUCGGAUUGGAGUAUGAACACUCCGAGCGAUACUGCAAGUAUCGCAAGUAUGUCGACGCUCACGAAGAGAACGCCGACAACAAGCCUGAAGGGAAGUCAGGCCCCCGUACCCCAGUCCAAGGACGCCACCAGGAGGGAAUCAACGUCAGCAGAGGCGGUGCGCCCCGCCCCCCUGACACACGCCGCCGCGAAAGAGGUUGAAGAUUCGAACCCCGCACGUCGAGAAGGCAGUCAUACCACGGUGCAGAAUCCAAAUCGAAGCGUUGGAAUCAGGACGUCGUCGAGAGAAGGGACUCUGCAGCAGCCUGAUCCUGGGAAUCCGGCCCGGGACAGGGACACAAUGUCUGCUCGCUCUUCGCAUAGGAAGAGAGCAGAAGCGCAAGCAAGAUUGACUGUGGCGUUACGGGAGCAAGAAAUGGCGGAAGCACGACUAAGGGUGGCGCAAGCACAACUAGAGCUUGUCGCCGCUGAGUCGGAAGAUGAAGAUGGAGCUGGUGAAGAAAUAUACGAGCGAACUCAUGAAGUGGAACAGUGGUUCAUCCAAACCAGCGCCGGGUCAAGCAAGGAACAGAGGCCGGUCGAGUCACAAGAUAAGAAGAGCGCCAUUCAGAAGCUGGCAGAAGCAAUAGGCAAGCUGUCCGGGAAUUCGCGUGACGUCAUCGCGCCGAAGUACAUCGAACUUCCUUACUUCAAUGGAGCCUGUGAAGAAUGGUUGGCGUUCAGAAGGACGUAUGAAGAUACGGCUGCCUCCUUCAGCGCCGCACAGAACCUGGCUCGCCUCAGAAGAGCCAUACAGGGGAAAGCGAAAGAAGCAGUUCAGAGUUUACUGUUUACCGCUGAGAAGCCACAUGAAGUAAUCAAGGGAUUGGAAUCAAGAUUUGGAAGACCUGGUGCACUGGCUUUAGCUGAGUUGGAAAAACUGAAGAACUUGUCGAAAGUGAGCGAAAGUCCUGGCGAGAUCUGCGUGUUUGCAAGUCGAGUCAAGAACGCUAUCGAGACAAUCAAGGCAUUGAAGAAACCUCAGUACCUCAGCUCGCCUGAAACAUUGAAGGCUAUUGUAGACAAGAUGCCACCUACCAUGAAGUUUCGUUGGUUCGCCUAUCAUAGGGGUCGGAGAGAUGAAGACAUUCAGGAACUUUUACUCAUUGAAGAAUUCCUGGAUAUUGAAGCCGACAUGUGUGGGGACUUUGCCCCACCUGAAGUUCCAUCUGACAAGAAGAGUUCAAGAAGACCUGUACACAGUGUACAAGAAGAGUCUCAAGAUAAGAAGUUUAAGAAGUCGUGUCCCGUUUGUGAAGAGGAACAUUUUGCAACAGAGUGCAAGAAGUUCAAAGAAGCGUCGAUUUAUAAGAAAUGGGACAUCAUCAAGAAAGCGAAGAUUUGUUUCAAGUGUCUUCGCUUCAAGCACUUAAGAAGCAACUGUAAAGCGCCUGUCUGCAGGAAGUGUCGAAGAUGGCAUCACACUAUCUUACACUCGGACAAGCCAGAAGUACAGAAGUCAAGCAAGGAAGGCGCAUCAGAAGAGAAAGUCGCCUCAGUCCACAACAACAAGGAUGAAGACAGAGCAUAUUUGAAGAUUGUUCCGGUGCAACUCUACGGGCCCAAGGGACAAGUUCGCGUGCUCGCGUUGUUGGACGAAGGGUCGACCGUCACUCUCUUAGACGCGUCGAUAGCCGAGAAGAUUGGAGCUGCAGGAAGUCGCGAAGCACUCACAAUCGAAACCGUCGGCGGGAAGGUCAUAAGGAAAGAUAGCUCACAGAAGAUCAACUUGAAGAUUAAGGGGGUUCACAGAAGUGAUAAGAAGACUAUCACUGUUAGAACCAUCGACGAUCUGAAGCUAUCUGAACAAAGGGUCAACAGGAGCACUGUAAAGAAUUGCCUACACUUGAAGGCAAUUGAAAGGCAGUUGCUCUACGACGCAGAGCGACCGAAGUUACUGAUUGGGCAAGACAAUUGGGGACUCAUAGUCACAAGAAGACUGAAGAAGGGCAAGCCAACUGAACCUGUAGCCUCACUCACACACUUAGGGUGGGUGCUACAUGGGUGUGAAACCGGAUCGAACGCCGAAGUCAACUUCACGCACUACGGCAGGGCAACGUCAGAAUGCAAAGACAUUGAAGAAGUCGUCCGGGAACAUUUUCAGUUAGAGUCUCUGGGGAUUCAAAAUCGACUGCCAUCAAACGACAGCGAUAGAAGAGCAUUGGAAACCUUAGAGAAAACAACGAAGCGACUACCAAGCGGUCACUUCGAAGCAGGCCUCUUGUGGAAGAAGGAAGGCGAGACCCUACCCAAUAACUACAAUCAAGCGUUUCGUCGCCUGGUCAACAUAGAGAAGAAGCUGGAUCGUGAAGAAGAUGUCAAGGAAUAUUAUGAGAAGCAGAUCCAGACUUUAAUAGAAAAUGGUUACGCAGAGAAGGCCCCCGUAACCACCACUAAGGGGAAAACAUUCUACUUACCUCACUUCGCCGUCGUACACCCGGUCAAGAGGAAGCCAAGAAUUGUUUUCGACGCAGCAGCCAAGUAUGAAGGAAGAAGCCUCAACGACGCAUUUCUAGCAGGACCUGACUUGCUGCAGUCGCUAUUUGGGGUACUACUGCGCUUUAGAGAAGGCCCAGUAGCAGUCAUGACUGACAUACAAGACAUGUUUCUUCGUGUCAAAGUAAAGGAAGAUGACCGGGAUUGUUUAGGGUUCCUCUGGAGAAGAAGCAGAGGAACAGGCAAACCGGAAGAGUACAGGAUGUCGUCGAUAAUAUUUGGAGCAGCGUCAUCACCUGCGACAGCUAUAAACGUGAUGAAUAAGAACGCAGAAGACUUCAAGAUCACGCACCCUGAAGCUGUGAAGGCAAUAAGAAGAAAUCAUUACAUGGAUGAUUAUCUUCAAAGUUUCUCGUCAACCGCCGAAGCAAAGAGAAUUUCAAGAGAAGUUAAAGAAAUUCAUACAAAGGCAAGAACUCCCCUUGAAAACACAAGUAAACUGAAGAAAAUAGACGUGUACAUCGGUGACGAAGGAGACAUAAAGCUACGAAGUAGAACUAUGAAGUUUCGCGAUGGAGGACUAAGAAAAAUGAACCCUGUCAUCUUGGACGGAAGGCAGAGAAUCGCGCAACUUAUCAUAAGAAGCUAUCAUGAGAAGUUUCUACACGGUAACACAGCGACCGUGAUGAACGAGGUCCGACAGAAGUAUUGGAUUCUCGGUUUAAGGGCAACAUUGAAGGCAGUAGCACACGGCUGCCAAUGGUGCAAACUAAGGAAGAGUACACCCGCCAUACCACCGGCGGGCGACCUGCCGAGCGAGCGGCUGCAACAUCAUCAGUUCCCGUUCGCUUGUACGGCAGUCGACUAUUUCGGGCCGAUGCAAGUAACGAUCGGCAGGAGAGUCGAGAAGCCGUGGGUGGCAUUGUUCACCUGCCUCACCACUAGGGCUGUUCACCUGGAGUUGGCGCCAUCUCUCAGUGCCAGCUCCAUGAUUAUGGCCCUGCGACGGAUGGCGGCAAGAAGAGGGACUCCAAGAACGUUGUUCAGCGACAACGGCACGAACUUCGUCGGGACGAACAAAGAAUUGGAGGCGGCCGCACUUGAAAAGGGAAUCAAGUGGAAGUUUAUUCCCCCGGGCAGCCCAAACAUGGGAGGCGCCUGGGAGAGGCUCGUGCGCACCGUGAAGACGGCGUUGGCGGUGGUGCUCAACGAAAGGAGCCCACCAGAAGAGGUGCUCCACACGCUGAUGACUGAGGUCGAACACAUCGUGAACUCAAGACCUCUCACCCCAGUCAGCAUGGACCCCAACGAUGCAGAAAGUUUGACCCCAAAUCACUUCCUGCUGGGGAGAUCGUGCAGAGCAAUGGCGCCGGGAGAGUUCGAGGACAACGAGCUGGUCGGCAAAGCAACCUGGAGAACAGCGCAAAGGCUCGCCGACCACUUUUGGAGACGGUGGGUGAAAGAGUACCUGCCGCUCCUCAUGCCGCGGAAAAUCGACGGGCGAACAACCGUCGACCCCAAAGAAGGCGACGUCGUAUUGAUAGUCGACGCCGCGCUACCCCGCAACUCGUGGCCUCGAGGUGAAGUUAUCAAAGUCUACCCCGGGCCAGAUGGAAGAACGAGAGUACUGGACGUGCGGACAUCAGGAGGAGUGCUGCGCCGGCCAACCAGAAGGGUCGUCGUGCUCGUGCCUGCAGCAGCAUCGUCGCAUCCAGAGGAGGAGGUGCUACGCACCGCGGGGGAGAAUGUUAGCGACGAUGACAACUACGUACACCUAAAUUAAGUAUGUUAUA